GAGCUCAUGAAGGUGCGCUACAGCAGCAAAAGACAAACACAAACAACUUGAGUCUUAAGGUUUUACUUUUCAGUCAAAGCAAAAGAGAUUUUCUUCCAUCUUCAUCUUUCAUGAUGGAGGGCUUUGCUGAUCUUCUCACUGAUGCAUUUUCAGAGGGUUCAGUUCCCUCGUUUUCCACGGGAGAUUUGGACUUUGAGAGCUUCUGUUUUGAUGAGAGGAGCGAGGAGGAACAGAACAAAAACCCAAAGACAGAGAACGACGAGGCUUGGCUUCAGGAAGCAUCUGCAGAAGGUGCAGCUUUGUUGGAGGGCCCCCUUGCAGACGCACUGAACUCAGAUGAGAACACUUACAAAGAGCAGACUGAUGAGGAAAAUGAUGAAGAGGGGCUUAAUCGGGUCCGUUUUAGCAAUGAAACCCCAGAGGACGAUGAAUGCCCAAGCUCUGACGGAGAAGAAGAACGGAGCUAUUUCUGCUCUGGAAGAGAUGGAGAGGAGGAGGCUGAAUGCCAAGAGGAAGAUGAGGAUACACUGAAAUUAAUUUAUAAAACAGUGGAUGAGAUCCUGGAAGAUGUUGAUGAGCUUCAAGUCAGCAACAACCUGCAAGAAGAGGCGCACAGUGAUGAAGAGGAGAACGGAUGUAGAAAUGAGAACAUUGCAGAAAGUCCUGAGAGUGAGGAGGAACAAGAAGUCGAAACGGACUCCUCUGAAUCCGACUACGAAGGUGUGAAAACUGAAGAGGAAGAGAAAGAAAAACCCAGCACUGCUGAUCCGGCAGAUUCUGGUUUGGAGUUCUCCUGCAUAUCUCUCCAGAAUCUGCAGGAUCUCAUCUCUGAAGUGGAUGGUGAGGUUUACGAAGAGAAAAUGUCAGACUUCACUGGCGAGGAGCACCAGGAGGCAGGCGAGAGCUUUGCAGAUUACCCCUCAGACUUUUCCUCUGGCGAAUACGGCAGAAAUGCUGCCACUGCACGGAGCGCCUCGCCUCGUCCGAGGGAGGAAGAAGGCCUGCAAAGAGCCGUGACUGAAAGCCACGGGUCUGAGGAGGAGGGUUCUGGGAAGGAGGAAGAGUUCCUGUUCAGCAGAGAUAUAGAAGUAAAUGUUGAGAAGAUGAUGAUGAGCCUGGAUGAAGCAGCUGGAGAUGAAGUUGAAGCGAAAACAGAGCAUUUGUUGAGAGGGACCAGCUUUGACGAUGAAGAGAAGACAAGUGAGAGCGACUCCUACAGCUCCAGUGAUGAGGAAGAGCCACUGAGAAGAUCCAGUGAUGUAUUUUCAGAUAAGUCCAGAACCCGAUUCCUUGAAGAUGACACAAACCUGGAGAACAUUAGAUCUCUUGGUGCCAGCGGCUCUGAUGACAGCAGCUUUGGGCGUGACAGAUACGAUCCUGCUGAGUUCCUCAGAUCAGGGUUAGGUGAGUUAGAAACCAAAACCUUUCUGUAUGAAUUCUUCCUGAGUGGAGAGGACACAGAUGGGACAGAAUCACCAAAUUCAGGGGGAAAUCAGUGUCAGGAUCAAGAUGUCAACAGCUACUCUGUGGUGCAGAAGAAAGACUCGAUACCAGCAAGUCCGUUCGUCCAAGGAUCCAUCGACGACAGCUUCUUCUUCAAUACUGAACCCAAGGACUUCACUGAUGAUGGACAGCAGGAGGAGGAGGAAGAGGAAGAGGAGGAGGAGGAGGAGGAGGACGAGUACGAAGAAAGGAGAAACUUUGAGCAGAUGAAGCAGAGAAUUGAAGCUUUCAAAAGAUUUUACGACAACAGCGAUGACGAGAACGGGCGAGAAGAGAGGCAGAUAAAAGUUCAGUUUUGUGCAGACCCCUUAUCUCAAGUGAAUUAUUAUGAAACGGACAGCAGCGACAGAGACUCAGUCAGCAGCUCCUCAGACAGGGAGGAAAACCUGAGCUCUGCAGAACAAUCUGAAGACAAAGAGGAAGAUCUGAAUCCUGCAGAACAAUCUGAAGACAAAGAGGAAGAUCUGAAUCCUGCAGAACAAUCUGAAGACAAAGAGGAAGAUCUGAAUCCUGCAGAACAAUCUGAAAAUAAGGAGGAGGACUUGAACUCUGGGGAACAAUUUGAAGACUCGAGCUCUGCAGAACAAUCUGAUGAACCGCAGGAGCCUGAAGAAGACCUGGACAUAAAACCUGUGUUUGGUCCCCCAAUCGUUCAGCAGCAUCAGAGCCCGGCAGACGUCGUUAACACACAAACCUGCACGCCAACACGCAAGGCUUUCAGCACACUGAAGAUGAUCGUGACGCUGGGAGUGCUGACGGCGACGGGGCUGAUGAUGUUCUGCCUGGCCACAGACCAACCCGACUGGCUCAGACCGUUUUUCUUCUUUUAGAGCUGCAGCUCAUUGUGGUUAUAAAGACUGGAAAAAAAAAAAAAAGCUCUGUACACAUAUGCAUUUCUACCUUUAAAGCUAUUUUUUUGUUUACAAUGGUGACCUUUACUUUGGAAAUAUAUAAAUGUAAAAUAUAACUAAAAAAAAUGUGUUUUUUUAAUGAAUUGUGUGGUAAUGACUUUGUGAAUUAAAAUGCUGAAAUGUUAA